GCAGAGACGGGGUUUCACUAUGUUGGCCAGACUUGUCUCGAACAUCUGACCUCAGGCAAUCUGCCUGCCUCAGCCUCCUGAAGUGCUGGGAUUGCAGGCGUGAGCCACUACGCCCAGCCUUGGUUAUCUUUUAUACACUGAUGAGGGCAAUGUGACAUGUUCAUAAUUUACUGGGUUUUAACUAUUUUUUGAAAGAUGUUUGACUUUUGGACUAUCCAAAUCUUUAAUAAUGAUCAUUGUCAGGAGUUUCUACUGUAUAUUGCAAAUUAGUUUACAUAUCAGAAUUUUGUAAUCAUUAUGAAUUAAACACUUCAUAACUUUCCAAGUUCUGUUACAUGUCUUUAAGCUAGUAUUGAUUAAUGGACUUCUAAUCAAGUGUUUGACUAUGUAACUGCCAAGUAAGAAACUUACCAACUCAGUUCCAUUACUGUGUUUCUCGUGCUUCUAAAUACUCUUACUAGAAAACAGUAGGAUGCUAGUUUAUAUAAACACCUCUCACAAUAUUAAAUUGCAUGUUGCUUGGGAAAAGAUUUGUGGAAUUUAUUUUAUAUGAUGUCUGGACUAUGAAAGCAUUUAAGAUUCAGAGAGGCCUAGCAUGUAGUUAUCCAUUUAAAAAUUAUAGCAGAGAUAUAUUUGUAGGGCACAUUUCAAGUCCUUACAUUUCAAAUUUUAGGAUGCAUCAUGAAAAAUCUGUCAGAAGCAUUUGAAAAAAUUGAUAUUCUUUUAAUGAUGGGUAUGGACUUCUGACUCAAGUCAAGAUUUCUACCUAUGUUGAGCAUCUACUUUGUAUCAGUACUUUUUCUAGGUGAUUGGGACACAUCAGAAAUAAUGGUCCUUGCCCUCUUGAAUAGCUUGCGUACUAUUCUAGUAGGAAGGGGAACAGAAAUAAGCAAUAGGUACAAUAAAUUAUUGAGUAGCAUGUUAGAAUAUAUGCUAUGGGAAAAAUUAAGGGGAAUUGGGUGGCUACCAUUUGAGAGUGAUCAGGAUAGGCCUGCUGAGCCAAGACUUGAAGAAAGUGAUGACCCUGGGUGCUAUGCUGAAAAUAGAUAAUAAGGAUAGAAUCAGGGAGACAAGUUAGGAGGCCAUUGUAGUAAUCCAGCGGGGGGAUAUGAUGAUGAUUUGGAUCAGGGUGGUAAUUAAGGAAGUAGACAGAAUCCAGAUGUAGUUGAAGGCAUAACCAAUGGGAUUUCCUGCCUAAAUGUGUAGAUUAAAUAUUGGGAAAGAAAAAAAUCAGAAGGCAGGCAUGCUUCUAUGCCCUUGAAGGCCUGGGGCAAGAGUACGAUGGAGAUACCAUAUGUUUAAAUAUUUAAAAGUUCUGUUUAAUGAAAAUAUGCCCAAUGUGCCUGUCUUGACAAACUUUCAUUAGAACUGGGAAGCCAGGUUUUAUUUAUGCCAGAACAUAACUUGGGGACAGAGCUGACCCUCAGCCCAUGUCCCACCUUACUUUUCUUCCCACUCCGGCUCUGAACUGUAUGGCAAGGGGCCUCCUGCAUAUUUACUUGGAUGCCAUAACAAGUAUAUUCAAACCGUGCCAUCCCCCUAACACAUCAGUGCAUGCAAUGAUGAUGUAAUGCAUUUCCUGGAACAGCCGGGGCUAUUCUGGGCAGGGUAUUUGGGGUCCUGAGUACCUAGAGUGUAGUGCAGAAUGAGUAUGCCCUUUAGAUGACAUGUCAUUUUGACUCUAAAGCGCUCAAUCCUAAAGCUCAGGGCCUUGGUAAGGGCCUUUCCUGGCCUGGUGUAAGGGCAGUACUGAUUUAGGGUUUUUAGUUUGAGCAUCUGUACAGAGGAUUGCUGUCAACUGAGAAAGGGGGCUGCAGAUAGAAUAGGUUAGGGUGAGGAAGAUAGUUUGGGAGCUCAUUCACAUGUUUUAUCUUAGAUUACACAGGCAGUACUGUAGAGAAGUGUAAAUGGAGAAUUUUCAACUUAUAGUAGCACUCACUGGCCUAGAAUAUAUAAAAACCGAGGGCUGUUUUUCACUGUAGUUAAUUCUAACCUAUAAACUGGAGCAGUUCCAUGUAGGAAUUUGUUAUAACUUACUGUGUAUGAAUUAUAGACGACUCUGACCUAUCCGGAGUGUUGUUUUUCAGUUUUGUUUUGUUUUUUUUCCUAUGACCUAAAAUCCCCUCAGACUUAAGCCUCUAGUGAACUACUCAGUAAAUGGCUUUACUAGUAAGUGUUCCCUUGCCUGGUAUGUCUAUUAUUUUUUAACUUCAGUGGUUUAUUCUUCAGCAGUAAGCAGUUGGAUAUAAGUUGGGGGUAUAAAUUUGGGACUCUGGCAUAUGAAUGUUAUUAAAAGUGAUGAGACUGGAUAUCAACAAGGGAAUGAGUGUAGAUAAAGAAGAGAGCCAAAGACUAAGACUUGGGGCAUCCCAACAUUAAAAGGUUGGAGAGAAGAGAAAGAACCUCGUAGAGGAGAUACCAGAGAUGUAAAGGAAAACUGAGUGAUGUCCUUGAAGCCAAGUGAUAAACUUUAUCCAAGAGAAGAAAAUGAACUGUCCAAUGUUGCUGAUAGACAACUUGAUAUUGCCAACUGUAAAAUGUACUUUGAAUUAGCCAUUUCGAAUUUGUUUACCAAAGCAAUGAUUUUGUUGGCUAGUUUUCUAAACUUUAGUAACUUUUAAGUGACUUGUAGGUUUUCAUUGCAUAUACAGCUGAAUUUUUUUUUUUUUUUUAAACAGGGUCUUGCUGUCGCCCAGGCUUGUUAUAGUGGUGCGAUCCUAGUUCCUGCAACCUUGAACUUCUGGGCUCAAACAGUCCUCCACCUCAGCCUCCCAAGUAGUUGGGACUACAGGCGCAUGCCACCACACCUGGCUAAUUUUUGUUUACUUUUGCAGAGGGAGGCCUUGCCAUGUAGCCCAGGUUGGUUUCAAACUCCUGGGCUCAAGGGAUCCUCUUGCCUCAGCCUCCUAGAGUGUGUAUUACAGGUAUGUGCCACCAUGCCUGGCCCAAAGCUUUUUUAUUUUUUUAAGUUCUGUAAUGCAUUUUCUGUGAAUUUAUUGUCUUAAAAAAUUGGCAAAUAUGGCCAUUUUGACAUAUUUGCCAAAUAUUAGCAUAUGGCAACUAUGCUCUUAAUUUGUUAAGUCACCAACUGUUGGUGAUGACUGUUAAAAUAACAAGAGCACAGCUGUCACCAAUCCUUACACUACUGGAUCCUUACACUAUUGUUAUUUUCAAUAAUGCCCCAUAGUCAGACGUUGUAGACUUAACCACUGAGCUGCUCACAAAAUUACUAAAGCAUUGUGAAAUACGUAACUGGAAAUUCUGGGCUUUAAAGUCUCCAGUUAUAAUUAAAUGGGUGAUUUUGAAAAUUGUGGUGGCUGUUCAGACAUUUUCAAAUAAGACUAGAACGCAUUUGUUUCAGACUGAUAAGCUGCAGAAGGUUAGAUAACACCAAAUACAUUUGGGUUUCUCCUUAGAAAAUGAUUUGGGCCUCCAGAUUACAUCUCAUUUUUUUUUACCCUAUCAAGUUUGUUUUUCCAUAUGAAAUGUCUUUUCCAACUACACCUGCCCUUGGAGACUGUGAAUAACAGACUUAAAGGAAGUAUCCUUUCCAGAUGAGCUGAAGAAUGUCAUCCUCUUAAAAGAAUGAACAGCUGGUCAUGUAGAAAUUCUCUGGAAUGCUCACUUGUCCUACAAAGGCAGGGGGCAGAAAGCAUGUUUGUAGUUUUUUUGUUAUUGGUAUACAUAAUUGUAAAUCUUUGAGACAUAAUUUUACUAGAAAUCCACAUAAUUUUAAUAAUUGCCUUUCUCCUGGAAAGAUGGCUAAUCAGUUAACAAUGUGAAGGUUAGAAAGCUGGCCAAGCAUAAUUUAGUGGGAUUCAGGAUUGCUGGCUGGAUUGUCCCGUUUGAUCAGACCAUGUUUCUUAGAUGAAGAUUCAGGACGCCCUCGUGUAUAAAAGUUAUCCUUUCUUCUGAUUAGGUUGGUAUUAAGUUCGAAUUUCUUACCAUGACACACAAAGGAUUCGACUCUUGCUUAGCUGUCUAAGCUCCUCUCACUUUCUCUUCCCCUCUUGAAUUCUUUGCUCUUGCCACACAACUAGCAGAUGAGCUAAUCUAUCUGUUCCAAUGUGGGCACAGUAGCAGCCCUUCCUCUUACCUUGGCCCACUCUGACUUGUCCAGCCCUGGUUUAAGUCUUCGUAAGGGUCCGCACAUAGUUGGGGCUGUUUACUAAACGGAUGAAUUUCCCUACCGGGAGGCUAGGUCUCCGUUAUGCUUUAAUUCCCAGGAAGCGACUUCUAUAGGCAUUGUUUAAAUGUAAGGACUAGGAGGGAGCUGGGGGUAUUGCAUUCCCCAGCUCACAGAUAAAUGAGAUUCCAAAACCAACAUCUGGCUAGGCGCUUGGAAAGAGGGACCCGCGAGGUCGACCAGGCGUUUAGAACUGUGCCUUGCAGUGUGGGAUCUCAGUACCGGAUAUUACCCCGGUUUGUAGAGAGUUACUGUUUAAGAGACGAUGAACACCGUAAGGACGGGUCAAGAAGAAAGCGGAAGACGGGUUAGCGCCUCCGGUCGGGGUAGAGAAAAGGCAGGCGAAAUGCGACCUGACGUGGGUCCGCCUUUCUCCACCCGUGGCAAACCCGACGGUCGCACCAUUGCUUUAACAGUCGCCCUCUUUCCAAGAAGAGCUAAUUAGUGACCGUGAGCGAAUAUGCCUGGGAAGACACGAUGUCCUCUCGGCCUCUGUGCGCUCACUUGUUUACCUAGGCGUCCGGGGGAGGCACACUCGCGGGACUCGCGAGCCUCGGCCCCGGCCUCCCGGCUCACCCAGGCUACGACGCUGGUUCUGCCGGCUCUCGGAGCCAAGCGCGAAUCCCCAGGGCUAAUUCCCAAGAACGGAGAGAGAGCACAGCCUGGAGGCUGCCCCCGCCUCCGCGCCCCAGUCCUCACUUUCUGAGGCUGUUAGCAGAAAGCCCCGCGGGCCGGGGAGAGGCGGGACGCGGGGGAUGGCUUCGCAGAGCCCUGUGAGCGUCGGCAUUAGUCGUCAGGCAGCCAGGACUCCUUGGGCGAUCGCCCUGGGUGGAGGAGAGGAGUUUCCGGGGCUCGGGUCCGGGUCGCCUUCCAGGGGAACAAGCGCGGAAGCAAGUGGGCGGCGAGAGGCGGAGCGAGGGACGCGGGGGGCGUGGACGCAGCCGGCUUUGGAAAGGCCCCAAGUUAAUGAGGCGUGCGCCCGCUGCCGAGCGCCUUUCGGAGCUGGGCUUUCCCCAGUGGUGCGGGCGCCAGGAGCCGCCUUUUCCGCUGGGUGUCACUCGGGGGUGGGGAAGAUGGCCCAUUCAAAAGCGCCGCGAGGGGGCCCGGCCAGUGCCCUUCAGUGAGCGCUCGCAAGAGGACGGCAGAGGCCCGGCAGCUCGCGGCUCCGGGACCUUGUGGCGCAUCAGGACGCGGCUGUCCCUCUGCCGGGACCCACAGCCGCCGCCGCCGCUCUGCCUCCUGCGUGUUAGCCUCCUCUGCGCGCUCCGGGCAGGCGGCCGUGGGAGCCGCUGGGGCGAGGACGGCGCGCGGCUGCUGCUGCUGCCCCCGGCCCGCGUGGCUGGAAACGGAGAGGCCGAGCCAAGCGGCGGCCCCUCUUAUGCUGGGAGGAUGCUGGAGAGCAGCGGCUGCAAAGCGCUGAAGGAGGGCGUGCUGGAGAAGCGCAGCGACGGGUUGUUGCAGCUCUGGAAGAAAAAGUGCUGCAUCCUCACCGAGGAGGGGCUGCUGCUCAUCCCCCCCAAGCAGCUGCAACACCAGCAGCAGCAACAGCAGCAGCAGCAGCAGCAGCAGCAGCAGCAACAACAGCCCGGGCAGGGGCCGGCCGAGCCGUCCCUACCCAGUGGCCCCGCUGUCGCCAGCCUCGAGCCGCCGGUCAAGCUCAAGGAACUGCACUUCUCCAACAUGAAGACCGUGGACUGUGUAGAGCGCAAGGGCAAGUACAUGUACUUCACUGUGGUGAUGGCAGAGGGCAAGGAAAUCGACUUUCGGUGCCCGCAAGACCAGGGCUGGAACGCCGAGAUCACGCUGCAGAUGGUGCAGUACAAGAAUCGUCAGGCCAUCCUGGCGGUCAAGUCCACGCGGCAGAAGCAGCAGCACCUGGUCCAGCAGCAGCCCCCCUCGCAGCCGCAGCCGCAGCCGCAGCCGCAGCUCCAGCCCCAACCCCAACCCCAACCCCAGCCUCAGCCUCAGCCUCAGCCGCAACCCCAGCCCCAGUCACAACCCCAGCCUCAGCCCCAACCCAAGCCUCAGCCCCAGCAGCUCCACCCGUAUCCGCAUCCACAUCCACAUCCACAUCCACACUCUCAUCCGCACUCGCACCCACACCCUCACCCGCACCCGCACCCGCACCCGCACCAAAUACCACACCCGCACCCACAGCCGCACUCGCAGCCGCACGGACACCGGCUUCUCCGCAGCACCUCCAACUCUGCCUGAAGGGGGCAGCUCCCGGGCCAGACAAGGUUUUGAGGACUUGAGGAAGUGGGACGAGCACAUUUCUAUUGUCUUCACUUGGAUCAAAAGCAAAACAGUCUCUCCGCGCCGCACCAGAUCAAGUAGUUUGGACAUCCCCCUACUGAAAACUUGUGAUUCGUCUUAGUUUUCUGCAUACUUUUCAUCACGAUGCAGGAAACGAUUUCGACUCAAGAAGACUUUUAUUUAUGAACCUUUGAAAGGAUCGUCUAGUAUGGUGAAUUUUCUAGGAGCGAUGAUGUACUGUAAUUUUAUUCUAAUGUAUUUUGAUUUAUGAUUAUUUAUUAGUUUUUUUUUUUUAAAUGCUUGUUCUAAGACAUUUCUGAAUGUAGGCCAUUUUCCAAAAAGGAAACUUUAUUUUCAAAAACCUAUUCCAUAGUAAGUCCUAGUCUUGGAAAAUAAAAAAGGGCGGUGGAGGGGAAAACAUUAAGAAUCUAGUCAUUAUUCCUGGAGUACUUUCAGAAGGUAUGACACUUUCAUUGUUAUGCCAAGUGAUUGAAAUUAAAACUCCGAUACUACUAUUUUUGAGGAUUUUUGUUUUUGUUUUUGCUUAGACAUAUAGUUUGUCUAGAAGUUUAAAAAAGCUAAAAGUUCAAAAUGGUGUAAUUAUGAAUAUCUAAUGCUCAAGAUAGUUUCUAAAAGGAAAUCAGUAGUAGGGAUACCUGAUUUCAAAAUAUUUAAAACAUAACCUAACUGAUGAUGGUAGGAUGAUUGUAUCUUGAAUAUGUGGUAGGGCCACAUCUACUGUAGGAAAACCUCUUAUCAUCUGUGUGUAAAGGGCUUAACAAGGAGAAGAGGUCUUUUGAUUGAUUUAUGAGUAUAAAUGCAUUUGCUGUUUCAUUUCAAAAAUGUUGUGGAGGAAAAUAGUAUAUUUAACUUGUAUAAGAGAAUAUUUGUGCUCCUGUCCAGGCUGCAGGACCUUUCUCCGAGAGCUUUGCACACUUGAACCACAUUUUCUGAUCCCUUUACUUUGUUUUAGAAGCACACUGAAAAAUCUCGUUGUUUAAAGUACAAUUUGUAAAUAUUUCAAAGGUCUAGGCGUCAUAACUUUUUGUUUUCAUACUGAAAAUGAUGUUGAUCAGAGAAACCAACUGUUUUGCUUUUCAUUGCUCUGUGAGAAAUCUGAGGAUUCUGUUUUGUUGUUAGGUUAGCUAAAUCAGAAAUUGAAAAGGAAAAGACUGGAUAAACACAGGAUUUUCAGUAAGAAAACAACCCCAGUCUUGUCUUAGAAGCCACUUGUUGAGGAGUCUGUGGGGGGAAAAAAGAGGAUGUGCUUUUAAAGGUAGAACAAACCUUCUUCUGUGUUAAAUCAAAAGGAUGUUCAAAAUCCACCAGGGCAGAUGCUACUUAAGUUUAAAUGGAGCCAUAGAUGAUACAAAGUCCUCUUGGGGCUGAAAAUCACUUCCUAUCUGCAUGGCUUUACUAACUGGUUUCUGUUUUCCAUUAUCUUUUUCACAGAAAGUCUUGGUCAGUAUUUUUCCAGCAUUUAAAUUGAAACGGUCAGUAUCAGACCACUGCUAGGUUAUGUAGUCAAGAAAUAAAAAUAGAAUUACAUGCUACAGAUGUCUUUAUUCUCCUUCCAUCUAGAAAGGAGUUCCAAGGUCAAAGUACUUUUUAGUGCAAUAGUUAAAUGACAUUUUGAGAUCAUAACUCUUAUCCAAAAAGUUGCAGGGAAAAUUAAAUAGUUUUCCCCUAUUAAGCAAAUGGCAAACAAAACUUAAGUGGACCCCCACUUCCAGUGGUUAUUUAGGUUGCAGUUGUGAAAAUAUGCUGCCAACAUUUAAAAACUCAUUUCAUAUGUAUAUAUGUAUAUACAUAUAUGAAUAUGCAUGUACAUAUACAUAUAUGAGAACAUGUAUGUACACAUAUAUGUACAUAUAUGAAUAUGUAUGUAUGUAUAUGUGUGUAUAUAUGUAUAUGAAAUGAGAGCCGGAUCUAAAGAUUUCUUAAAUCAAGUUUGGUUCAGCUUCCUUACAAGUACGGCUGUACUUUUUGAGGAGUGCCUCAUAGUACUAUACUUUUAAUGCAUGCAAAUCAUGAUAACUCCAAAUGAACCACAAUUUUUUUCCCAAUGGAGGAUUUUUCUUUUAAAUUCUUGUACUAAAAAUUAAAAAAUCCAUACCAAAUACUUUACAAAUUAAGAUUGGUGUAGAUUUUAAAAAAGGCAUUUGUAUGUUGUUAGCUUACAUAUGGGGCUAGGUAAUUUCAUUGCUUAAAAAAAUAUGCCCAGGCUCCCUCUUGGUGGCUGGAUUUCCUUUUUUUCCCCCCAUGGUGGCCAUGGUUCUUAAUAGGGCCACGAGAAUCAUGGUUUCUUUUCUUUUUUUUUUUUUUUUUGAGAUGGAGUCUCACUCUGUUGUGCAGGCUAGAGUGCGGUGACAUGAUCUCGGCUCACUGCAACCUCUGCCUCCUGGGUUCAAGCAAUUCUCCUGUCUCAGCCUUCUGAGUAGCUGGGACUACAGGCGUAUGCCACUAUGUCCGGCUAAUUUUUGUAUUUUUAGUAGAGACGGGGCUUCACCAUAUUGGUCAGGCUGGUCUCGAACUCCUGACCUCAGGUGAUCCACCUGCCUUGGCCUCCCAAAGUGCUAGGAUUACAGGCAUGAGCCACCAUGCCCGGCCCCAGAAUAACGGUUUCUUGAGUUUCCAUAGCCCUUGUUCCUUAGUCUUUUGUGAUAUUUAUGUUGACCUUUAUCACUUUCUAUUCUGAACCCCUCUUAACAUUUAAUGUGAAAUCUAAGAAAUCAGAGAGAAGUAGAAUGGCUUUUAUUGUUUUGACACCUUUGAAAUUAUUAUUAAUAAUUUUUCCAGAGCAAAAAAGCAAACACGCUCAAUAAGUCUAACCAAAACAAAAUAUAAAUGUACAUCAUUUAAUGUCUCAGUGGCUCUAUCUACCUGUAAGAAAAUGAUACAAACCACCUAAGGCAUUUUGAAGCCUGACAAAUCAACUUCAUGGAAAAAGGUAAAAAAUGCAUUUUUCAACCCAAAGAAAAGAUGACCGAAAGGGCAGAUCCAAUAGAAGACCCACUCCUUAAAUAAACAUAAAAUGUAAAAAGUUGGAAAAUUAGGAGUAAUGUUGCAUCUGGAAACUGAACUUUUUAUCCUUGAACUUGUGUUGGCACCAAGCCUCAUACACAGUGAGCUCAAUAACUGUCUGUUGGGACGAAGGAAGGAAGGACAAAAUGUGUAACUCCCCAGCAUCUGGGAGAUGCUGUCUCUUGCCUCGCUGAGUGUUCCUUUUAUUUGCUCUCAUGUCAUUCCCUGAGAACAAUGAAUUCUGGGACAGGCUAAACAUCAUGACGAAAUUUCUUAAACAGACUUUCUGAGUGGAAAUCCAUUUAGAUCUGUGUAUGCUCUAUGGGGAGUGCUGACGUCAGAGAGUAAACGUCUAUAAGGGGCCCUUUUAAAAUGAACAUUUUCCUCAUUGGGAUUCUCUAAUCAUGUAGAAAUCAAACUAUCUUUAUAAUUUCACUUCAGAUGUUUUUGGUUUUGUGUUUUUGUCUCCAAUGAUGGUAAAAAUAAAAAACACACAUUACUUAAAGGAGUUUCCUUCACAUGUAAACACUGUUAGGAAGUCUGGAUUAAGUUGAAAGUCUUGUUUUAACUAUUUUUUUCUCUCAUAUACCAAAUACUCUGUAUUUCUCUUAAAGAAGCUCUGUAAGAGAAAGCCCUAAUUUUAAAUCUGACAGUAAAGUUUGCUGCAAGUGUAUGAGUUCAAACACAUCCCUUGUUUUCUGUCCCUAGGGGAAAAGUCAUCUGGUGUUAGCUUGGCUCCUGUGUUAAUAUUAUAUUCAGUAGCAGGCUUAGAAGAGUGGUCUAAGACUUGAACCUGGAGCAGUUUUAUAGCACAGAAUCCUAUGAAGAUAGGACUGUGAGCAUUUGUUUUCUUUUUUUGUGUGUCAAACUAAUUGGCUUUUGCUUUAGCAAUAAAAUGUCCUCAACAGAAUAAAUUUUAAAUGUGAAAAUUAUAGAUCUUGGUAUUGAAUCCAUCAGUGAUUCAAGAGAUACACCUAUUUGCCUAAAACAACAUAAGAUGUAUUAGUUAUGGAAUUACGUGUUGGAUAGGUUCUUAAGACCUGUUUCCUCAAUUCUUGACACAGUUUUCAAGGGUGGCUUUUUGACUUGCAUGGUUGGGCAGAUAAUCCAGAUUUACCUAAGAUUGGGUAAAAAAGUGAUCUGUGAGUUUGCUGGCAGGGCAUUUGCUAAAUGGAGUACAGGAUCUAACAGGGUUUUCUUAGAAAGGGCAAUAUUGUCCAAUGAAGGAAGCAGAAGGACUUUGGGUUAGAAGCAUCUGCACAAAAGCUGGUGAGACCUACUCUCCACUGCUCUGCAGCUGGUCAGCUGAUGGCAGGCUGAGCAGUGGGGAAGCAGGUUUUAACAAUAGGUAGUCCUUCCAGGUCACUGUAUAUUGAGAAGAAACAUAAAACUAUUUUGUGUCACAUUCCGAGGUCAGCCUUCUUCUUAACGUUUUAUAGUAUACAAACGCCAGCUUCUGGAAAGCAAGUGUCAUCAUGUACCAGAUGCUUUAUACACCAUCACAUUCGUGAAUUUUUUAGCAUGGUCAGAACUUGUGUAAAUAUGUCUCUUAGAUGAUUUUGGGGAGAUGUGAUUUAUUUUUCAUAUUUUCAAAAUGCAUUCCAUUUCAAAUAAAGUAUCUAUUGAGACAACCGA